AUGAGGCUAAAGGGGAAGAAAGAACAGGUGAAGAGUGAAGGCCCCAAACUGGUGCCCUUCUUUAAAGCCACUUGUGUCUAUUUUGUCCUCUGGCUGCCAACUUCCAGCCCCUCCUGGUUCAGUGCCCUCAUCAAAUGUCUGCCCAUCUUCUGCCUGUGGGUUUUCCUUCUGGCUCAUGGAAUUAACUUCUUAGUGUCACACCGGAGCGCCAGCCGCAUCCUAGCAGGACUCAUGUUCUCGGCAGUGGGAGAUGCCUUUCUCAUCUGGCAGGAGCAGGGCUACUUCAUUCAUGGUCUGCUGAUGUUCGCCAUCACACACAUCCUGUACUCUUCAGCCUUCGGCAUGAAGCCUUUGGACCUCAAAGCCGGCUUGUUGAUGGGCCUUGUUUCCAGUUCCUGUUAUGCCUUCCUGUACUCCUACCUCUCAGGCCCAUUCACCUACCUGGUAGCUGUCUACAUCGCCUUGAUUGGCUUCAUGGGUUGGCGAGCGGUGGCCGGCGUGCAGCUGUGCAACGACCUCUGGACAUGGACCAAGCUCUCGGCCUGCAUCGGCGCGAUGCUGUUCAUGGUGUCGGAUCUGACCAUUGCGCUUAACAAGUUCUGCUUUCCUGUGCCCUACUCACGCUUCAUCAUCAUGGCUACUUAUUAUGCAGCCCAAAUGCUUAUUGCUCUGUCAGCUGUAGAGAGCCGAGAUGAAGAAGACUUCAGAAAGAGGAGCUAG